GUACGUGUGGUUCUCAAAUACAGGCAUGUUGAUGGGAAUUUGUGUAUCAAAGUAACAGACGAUUUAGUUUGUUUAGUGUACAGAACAGACCAAGCUCAAGACGUAAAGAAGAUUGAGAAAUUCCACAGUCAACUAAUGCGACUUAUGGUGGCCAAGGAAUCCCGCACUGUCUCCAUGGAAACAGAAUGACUGGUUUGAAAUGAAGACUGUUUGUAUGUUCUUGGGAAGUAGAUAGCUUUUGAAACUGAGAACGUUGGAAAGAAAAUAUUUAUGUAACUGAGCUGUUGAGAGCUGAGGGACCAGCCUGUACUCUGAGGCUUGCUUUAGAGUGGGAAUGUCACUGCUUGCAGUUACAAAACCUUUAUUUUUGGAAACUGAAUAAAUACCCUAGAAAUUUUUGCAGAUCAUUUGAUGUUGGGCAAAUAUAUAAUUAUUUUUCUGGUAAAUUCAUAUCAGUAAUUUGUUGAAUUAACAAGAAAAGUUAGUUCUUUCUAGAUUGUGUUUAAGAGGAAAUAAAGUGUAACCUUUUGCUGUGUUGGUAUGUUUCUUUUGGAGCAUAACAUUUGUGCCAUUUAUAAUAAACGUGGCAGCUGAGGUCACUGCUCUGCAGUGCACCUGACCCGGCAUUGUGAAAAGCAAGCUUGCUUCUCCUUCCUUACCAGGUUCAAACUGUGUUUGAAUAGAAAGGAUUGGUAGCAUCAGCUGGCUGGGCAGUGAGUGACUAAGUCUGGCAGAUGACGGUCUCUGUGAUGUGCUGAAGCCACCCUACGCAGAACAGUCAUCACGUAAUUCCCACCCGAAGUCUCUCGGAAGAGUUAAGGGGUGUUCAGACUGAACUAAAGUACUAAGCAUAGCAUGCCUCUCAGAACUGUUAGGUCUCCAAUAAGCCAGAAGUCUACUAUUUCAUAUUUAACCUGUAUUUGUAAUCUAAUUUUACCAUCUAAAUGUAAUGUCCCAUGUUGUCUGCUCAAGAGUGAAGGUAUUGCAUUAAAGUAUUUUUUUGUAAAAGUUUGUCAUGUUCAAUAACACUUUAAUUUAGAAUUUUAGUCUUAAGAGGUCAGUAAAUAAAAUAUAAAUAUACUGUUU